AUGUUGAAACAUAUUUAUUUAAGAAUAAUGAAUGUACAGAAAGCUUUAAAGAAUAAAAAAAUAACUGAAUAUAAUAAAAAUAACAAAGAUGAUAAUAAGAUAAAACAAGAAUUAAGUUGUUUUACUAAUAAAUUAUAUGAUGAAAAUGUAAAACACCGGAAAAUAAAUGAAAACAAAAAUGAUUAUAAGAAAAUAAAUUUUGAAUGUAACCUAAAUAAAAAUUUAAAUAAAACUGAAAAUAUAGAAAAAGAACAACAGGAAUUAUCAAAAUAUGUACUUGCUAAUAGCAACGAUUUCAUAAAUGUUACUAACAGAAACAGAGAAAAUGAACAAGCUUAUAUAACAUAUCAAAGUUAUUUAUUAAAUAAUAAAAAUGAUAAUUAUGAGAAAUUUUAUAUGAAUACAAAAUUAUGUGAAGAAAUGAAUAAAAAUAAUUUAAAUGAUGAUUUUAAUAAAAAUAAAAGUUUAUAUAAUAGCAUUAAUGAUAAUGCUAAUUUGGAUGAUAAUUUAAAGUUCAUUUUAAAUUAUUCUAGCAUUCAAGUUAUAAAAAGUUUAAAUUUAAAUUAUAAUUACAUAAAUUGUAAAGAUUUCUUUAUGUCACUUUCUUUAAUAUGCAAUCAACUGGCUAUUCAUAAAUUUGAUAAUAAGAAAUUUUGGUAUAUCUUAAGCAUAAAGUUAACAGAUAUAUUAAAAUUAAAAGAUAUUUAUAAAACAUUUUGCAUAAGAUGGCUUGCACUAAUUUUAAAUUCUUUUGCUAGGGUAAAUAUUCUUAACAAAAACUUUAUGAAGACUUCUUCGAAAUUUAUUCAACAUUAUAAAAAUGAAGAUAUUCAUAGUUUUGAUAUAUCUCAAAUAGUAAACUCCUUUUCUAAGUUGAAUUAUAUUGAUAGCAGUUUAUUUAUUUUUCUUGAAAAAUUUAUUUAUGAUAAAAUAGAUCAAAUGAGUUACCAAUCUAUUAGUAAUAUAUGCAAUGCAUAUUCAAAGUUAGAUUUAAAAUUCGAAAAAUUAUUCUUUAUAUUAAGUAUAAGAAUUAAAAAAGAUACAGAUAAAUUUAAUGAACAAGAAAUUGCAAAUAUUAUAAACUCUUUUUCUAAAUUAAGUAAAAUAGAUUUUGAUUUAUUCAACAAAUUCUUACAGCAUAUAUACAUCAAAUUUUAUAAUUUUAAACCAAUUGAAAUAGUUAUGAUAACGAAUGCUUACUCUAAAUGUAAUAUUUAUAAUAAAUGUUUUUUCUCUCAUUUGUUUUCAUAUAUUAUAAAAAAUUCAAAAUAUUUUCAUCCUGCUGAAUUAUCUAUAUUAGCUAAUUCAUAUGCAAAAUUUAAUUUAAGAGAAAUAAAAGUAUUUGAAAUAAUCAAAAAAGGAAUAAUAAAAAAAGAAAACAUGCUGGAUAGUGGUAAUGUAGCUAUGUUAUUACAUGCUUAUGGAAAAUUACUAAUAAGAGAAGAAUAUUUCAUUUUAAAUUUGCUUAAAAAAAAAAGUCAUUUAAUAAAUUUAUUAGACUGCAGAAACUUAACGUUAUUUUAUGUUUCAUUAAUCAAAUUAAAUAUAGACAUUCCCAUACAUAUUUAUGAUAACUUAAAGUUAAAUAUUAUAAAAAAAUUAAAUUAUUUUACUGAUUUAGCAUUGGUUUCUAUAUGUUAUUCUUCAAUGUUUUAUAAAUAUUUUGAUAUUCGUUUAAUAAGUUUAAUACUUAUAUUAUUAAAUAAAAGAAAAGCAAAUAGUAGAUCUUUUUCUCAUCAAAUUCAUGUUUCAUUAUUUGUAUUACAUUCUCUUUAUGAUUUUUAUAAAUUCUCUUUAAAAUUUCUUAUUUGUUUAUAUCAACUUCUAAAUAGAGCAUCGUCAUAUUUCAAUAAACCAAAUUAUUAUGAUAUAAAUAAAUCUACUAUUCAAAAAAGAAUAUCUCCAUUUAUCCCAAAGAAGUUAAACAUCCAAAGUGAAGUAGCAAUCGGCCCAUUUGUUGUAGAUUUUUUAUUAUUAAAUAAGAAUACACAUGAACAAUAUAUAAGGAAUCACAGAUCAAUUAAAUAA